AUGGCAUCAACGACCAACGGAUCAGCGUCUCGAAUGGCGCAGUCUUCGUUGAAAGAGCAGCUCACGAAUGCACUACCGACGGGAUUCAAUGGCAAGGUCCGAUACGUACACUCACCGCCCAAAGCAUGUGAUCCUUUGUUCUCCGCGUUGCCCGGUCAGGAGCCCGAGAAGACAAGGCUGGCCAGCCAUUUCCUGACAAUAAGCGUCGAUCCAGCGUCACUUUCCCACUUAGAAGAGGCCGCAUCGGGAGAGGCUGGAGACGAUGUUAUCAGCUUUGCCGUGGAGGUAUUGGCCUACACAAGCAAGCACCUGACGACGUUGUUUGUGAGCAAAGUGGACUCCACAUCGUAUAUCCCACGAAUCAAGCCUUCACCCAUCAAAACUGCCGUAACGACCUUUCUUCGAUGGCUAGCAGUCGAAGAGCGCCGAAAGCGACCGAAGAGGAAAAUCGUCAUCUCGUUGUUUGCGCGAGCUCAAGCUCAGUACUUGUUUCCGGGCUCCUCCGACGACAAGACGAAACAUAUACUGGAUGACCGCCAGCUGAUCAAAUGGUGGGCUCGUGUACUUGAUCCGAUCUUUCCGAAAUCUGAAGCUGGUUCGUCUGAUGAGGAGUCCGGGGUCCGCUACCAAGGCUACAUGACUGUGCCGGGCUAUGUCGGCAACGAGCUGCGAUCUUUCAUGCCAUCUUCAAACUCGCAGACUUCGGACAAGCCACAUUGGAAGCCUGGAAACCCGCUCUUGGAACUUGCUCGAACAAGAGGGGUGGCGGAGCACGUGCCGCCACGAUGCUUGCUGCCACGCUUUCCUGACGACCCGAAGGCUAGGUUCAUGCAAGACCUAGAUGAUGAGAUUGGCAUCUCGCAGGAUUCGAAAGUCACCGUCAGCCCUUCGAAGCGCAAGAAUGGCAGAUGGGCCUCGGUGAGCGAUCUUGAUCGAUUCUGGGAGCAGAUGGAAUUUAGACAGGAGUGUUCUUCUGGUCGGGUCGUUGGAUUCCUGUGGCUCGUCAUCUCACCAAAGCACAGUGAUGCAGAAGCUUCCGCCAGUCAGAACCUCGAAAGUCAAUCUUUUGAGGUGGCUGACGUGGACAGCCAAGAAUCAGCCAUGAUGCUCGAUGUGCCGGCAGGAAGUGGUGCGCUAGACGAGUCUGCGUCUACGUCUCUUUCGAAAGCGGCUUCAAAGAAGCGCAAGCGAAAGCCACUCACCGGACCGAUCACUCCCAGGAUGCCAAGACUAAAGACGGCUUCCACAUUGAAUCUUUCGGAGAUGCAAGCAGAGCUUAAUGCACACGCCGGCGAAGGCUUCAUGCUGCCAAAAGAGGGCUACGAUCGAGCAAUGCAAUCUCUACUGCAGCAGAACUUUUCAUCUCUCAAGAUUGCAGCCCGAUCGACAUCCAAAUGGAUCUCCGAAAUCAAGGGCAUUGCUGGUCGGAACAACGACUUCUCAUUCAGCAUAUCAGGUUCUGGAAGAGCGGAAACAGUCGCAAGCAAUGGCACAGGUAACGGCACGCCCGCGGUCCACGACUUGGGCGGCAUGAUCCGGAAGAAGAGGAAGGCUAACGGUGCUGUGUCUGAUGGGCAGUCUGCAGGAGGAACAGAAAACCAGCCUGCGGUCAACGUGUUGGACGCUGGAAUGAUCCGGAAGAAACCCAAGGCUUGA